AUGGAGAUUCUUUUCGAGCUUCCUGUUGAUGGCAAGGCUAUAGUCGAGAGCACUGCCGAAGUUUGGAGGGACGUGUGCCGGGACUUCCUUGGCUUUACUGUUCCUAUGGAUAAUACGUUAGUGCUACAAGGCCAAAGGAUUCUCAUCAAACGACUUUUGGAGCAAGUUGCAAUUCCAUUGCCGCCUAAUGCUGAAAAGGAUCAGGUGCAGUUAUUGGUAGACCUUCGCAACCCACAAAGGUACAGUUGGGGAAGUGCUUGCCUUGCAUGGUUGUAUAGAGAGUUAUGCAAGGCAAGCGAUAAGAUGGCAAGUCAGAUUGGUGGGUCCUUGCUGUUGGUCCAGUAUUGGGCAUGGGCCAAGUUCCCAUUUUUGUACCCAAGGGUUGAGCGUGGCCCGCUAAUAGAUGCUUAUAGUCCUCCAGUGUCUGGUCCAUUGUCCAUGAAGAAAGUUGUAGAUAUUGAUCUCCUCGCUCUUGAUUGUAGGAAAUUGUGGGUCCCAAGCAAGAAAAACAGGCCCUCCAACGUCUUUUUACUCCGGUAUCGCGAGCAAAUAGCUUCAAUGCAACCAAACUAG